AGUGGAUUUCAUCUCCAACCAAACUUACCAUCAUCCUUGCCAUUCCCAACUCGCACACAACUAGAAGGUCAAUAUUGCCAGAGCUAUAAAUUCAACAAGCAAUGUUCUAGCAUUAGAAUAGCUACCAAAUUCUUCUCAGAAGAGAAUCGUUGUAGCUAG